AUGAGUGAACAAGAGAGGAAACUCAUUGAUGAACGAGUUAAGAAAUGGGAGAAUGAACGUCCGAUAAUUCGUACCAUAAUUAGCGAUCAAAAGUUCAAGCAGCAUACAUUUGAUUUUUUGCGCGAUAUAUAUAAUGAUCUUGCUUUUGAUUACAAUGCUAGGCAAUACUUUGAGAAAGAAUAUGUUCAAAAAGGUCGUAUUAAUUUCCCAAUGAGAAGAGAAGGCUUUUUGAUUACAUCAACAUAUACAGCACGUGGUAGAGACCCUUUUACAGACGCGGUUCGUAACUUUAAAGCACGUUCUUCUAUUAAUGAUGAUCCAGAUUUCUACAUACCUUAUUUUCGUCCACCUUCGCAUCCUUUACGAACCAGUGAUCCUGGAUAUGACGCUAAACGAAGAUAUAUAGAGACGAAAUUAGCUAAAUACAAGGAACCUAAGGAUCCAAGGACUGGAGAAGUAAAGGAAUCACAUGUCAAGAUAAAUAAGCUUUACAAAGUAGUUGAAGAAUUGGAGAAACGAUCUAAUGAGAUUAACGCUGAGAAGAAAAAGGAAGUACCAAAUAUGAACAAACUAGAUAAGAUGAUUAAGGAAUAUAGAGGAUUGGCGAAUACAUCGAGCGUUCUAAUAAAGGAAGUAGAAAACACGACAAAGCUGCAGAAAAUGAUUCAUGAUGAAUUACUGUUAGGUGAAUUUUCUAUAAAACAAAGACAGAGUAACUUAAUGGGUGAGGCUUAUUAUUUGGAGAAUUGGUAUAAUGAGAGGUUAAAACAAAUGUCGACUCCAACACCAACUCCUACACCUACUCCUACAGUAGCUCCAACACCAACUCCCACUCCUGAACCAACAGUAGCUCCAACGCCAACUCCUACAGUAGCUCCAACGCCAACUCUGACACCAACUGCUCACGCAGGUCCUCCACCAAUGUCGAGUAGUCAUGGUAUAACAUUAAAUAAACCAACACCUACACCAAAAAUAACUCCUGUAUCACAUCCUAGUACAACUAACCCAGUAUCUGAUUCAAAUCAAGCGGAAAGAUCACAGGUUCUUAAAAGAGCUAAUACACCAACUGCUUCCCCUAUUAGAACACCAGAGCCAACUCCAAGAAUCACAAAGGCGCCAACACCUUCACCGACUGUUGAACCAACUCCAGAACCAACAGUACCUCCAACUCCAUCUCCAACUCCAUCACCGACACCUACAAAAGCACCUACUCCAUCUCCAACUCCGACUAAAGCUCCGACACCGUCUCCAACACCAACUAAAGCUCCAACACC